UAGAUGCAUUUAAUUUUGGUUUUCCUGUAGCCGUCAACAGGCAGAGAAGAAAACAGAACCAAUCCUCAACAACAGCGAAGUGAAAAUGGUGGAAAAAGAUAAACAGAGUGCAGCUGAGUUCAUUUAACUGGGUUUGUUUUUGAACGUCGCUGUUAUCGCAGCUCAGCAGUUUGUGACUCACUGAAGCUUAAUGAUUCCAGAAGAAUCGAAUAAAAAGACACUGGACAAAAUUAACCGUUCAGCGGCUUGGUUUGUUGAGCUUCUAGCUAAAUAAGAACGCUCGUCUGAAAGGCCUGGUGAGUGUGCUAGCUACAGAUCUGAUUAGCGGCGUUCCGGGACUCUGCUAACCGACCGAGCCUCAGUUCAGUCUCGUUUACUCCUGUAAUCCAGCGUGUUAAGGGUUUUAAUCGUAUCUGAGAGCAGCAGUAAUGGCGUGUGGAGCUACACUAAAGAGAUCUAUGGACUUUGAUCCGUUACUGAGUCCCAGCUCGUCUAAACGGAGGAGAUGCGCCCCGGUUUCUUCAUCCUCCUCAUCCUCACCGAGAAACUCGCUGCGCCAUGAACCUUCUCCAUUCACCCAGCUGUCAGUGUCCCUCACUACAGAGCAAAUCCUUCAUAACAUAAAGCAGGAGUAUAAGCGAAUGCAGAAGCGAAAGCAUCUGGAAGGAAGCUUUCACCAGCCUGAGGCUUGUUCAUCUCUCUUUUCACAACCUCAUGCAUCUCUUUUGAGUGGAUCCAGCUUUCAAGAGACAUCCUCUGGAGCUGUUUCACCCUCAAGGAGAGAACAGCCACUGUUUACUUUAAGACAGGUAGGCAUGAUAUGUGAACGUCUCCUGAAAGAGCGCGAAGAAAAAGUCAGAGAAGAAUACGAGGAGAUACUGACAUCCAAACUGGCAGAGCAGUAUGACACCUUUGUGAAGUUCACACAUGACCAGUUAAUGCGGCGAUUUGAAGAACAACCUGCUAGUUAUGUAUCUUGAGCUGCUCAAUGCCAAAACGCUGUUUGACUUCAGUUGCUGCAGUUUCCUGAGCUGAAUGUUCCGUCAAUCACACGCAGACCUGGUUUUAAAACAAAACUGCUCCAGUGACACUUAUGCUGACUGAGUACUUGUCAGUAUGUAUAAUUGUUCCUUGUGAACCUGGGUGCUUCCUUCUGUAAAUGUAUACGGACCUGUUUUUUUGUCUGUUAUCUUACCAGUGGCCUACUUAAUACGUGUACCAUGAGCCUUGUUACACACUUUUCUGGCAUCUAAGACUUAUCAGUAUGGAUUGCCAUGUAUUAUUUCAAGUCAUGCCACAUACACAUAGGUGUUAGUAUGGUCUAAAUCUAAAAUGUUUAAUACCUCCAAGUAUUUCCAGUUUCAGUGUGCUAUACAGGUUAGUCUUUCAUGAGCCAAAUAUAGUAAGUGGAGCAGCAGCAGUGUACUCUAGGGCUGGAAUUGGGGUAAAGCUGUUUGUGCUAUAUACUGAGCUCAUGUUAUUUUUAUGCUCACUUGUAGCUUUUUGAUUUGCUUUCUUUGUGUAUUGGUAUAGAUCAUAGAUGUCAAAGUUCAGUCCUGGAGUGUAAUAAUCUAUUUCUCACACUCUCGGCCAUGAGACUGACAGUCACGGAUUAGAAAAUAAUUCCAAAAAUGUAAAAACAUUUUAUUAAUAAAGACUUGUGUUCA